AUGGCAGGCAGCCAACCAGGCGAAAGCAACGGCGGUGCCACGGAUUCCAUCCUUACCGUUGCCGGACAGAUGAAGCCGUUUCCUGCGUACGCUAUUAGCCUGUUCCGCGACUACGACCUCGAGGGCGUCACGGCCGCGUUGGCCAAAGUUGUCAAUUGCUCGUACGAGGUACAGAUGGAAGCCUUCACUAAGGCUCUGGAACAGUCCAAGUAUUCUGGUGCCAUUGGAGCAUUCCCCAACGAAGGCAAGGCCAAGGACGAGGAAGAGGAUGAAGAUGAGGAGGGCGUGGUGGAUGAAGAUGAGGAGGACGUGGUGGAUGAAGAUGAAGACGACGAGGUGGAUGAAGAUGAGGAGGACCGUGAAGAUGAAGAUGAUGAGAUACUGACGUUUCAAGUCCCUUAUGAAGGCGAACGAGAGCGCAAGAAGCCAAGACUAGCAGAAGGCUUUGGGUGCCAGGCUGAGGCUGACGUUUAG